CAAGGGACGAGGUUUGAAGGAAGGAAGAGAAAAGGAAACGCAAAAUAAGGAACCAACAGCCCAUUUGUUUGAUUGAUUGUUGUGCCGUUUCUGCAGCUGAGAGAGAGAGAGAGAGAGAAACAGCAGAUGCAUGGUAAAAGGCGUGACAGAAGUGUGUGUUGUGGUUGGGACUGUUUUAGCUUAAAAUAGCGUAGCGUGCGAGCAAAGCUUAAUCAUAUCAUCAUUCUUCUUUAGCUAACAGCAACACCAAGCAAAAGUAGUCUCUUUUCAAACAAGAUCAGGAAGUCCCCUUAGAGCCCUCAAAGAGGUAAGAUAUACAUACAGAGACUCGAACACAUAGACAGAGGAAAAAAGAGAUCAAAGUUUAAUUUAUCUUGUCGACACAAUGAUUUGAUUGGAGCUAAACAUAAUACAAGUAAUGGAGCAAGAGAUCAAGAGGAAGAGAGGAAGAGAGGAAGAAGAAGAAGAGGUGAAAGAGGAGUCCUCAAAUAAUAAAUCUACAAAGAUGCAAGCUGAUCAUCCUAGUCACCCACGUAGUGUAAGGAACGACAUCAAAAUCGAAAGGAGAUCAUGCAACCAUGAAGAGGACAGCAACACCAGGAAUGAAAUAACCGGAGACAACAAUUUCGCACUUGGGGUAUUUGAUUUCCCCUGGCUGAAAGAAGAAGGCAGCAGCAUGAUCUCAAAGGCAGACGAGGAGGAGUGGUGUUUAGAGGACACAAUAUUCUCCUCAUCUCUCUAUUACAGUACAACAUCUGCCGCUGAAUUUUCUGGACAACACUUGUGGGAAACCACUCCAGAAGCCACGUGCAUUGGAUCAUGCAUAGACGUUCCGGUGGACAAGUUUGAGGAGAUUAAUGCUUGGUCAUUGGAAAUGGAGGCUACUGUUGAUUGAACCUCGACCUCCCUACUCCUAAACAAAAAUGGUGCCUAGUCCUAGCUUAGCUAAUCACUGCAAAGUUUGCAUUUGCAUUGCAUGCACACAACCCACUAGGAAAUCUUGAUGGGUUUUUCUUCAUUCCCUAGCAUUGCAAACCCAGAAGACAGCUGGUCCUGUUUGCAAGUGUGUCUUGUUGGGAGUUGAUUUUUAAAGUAUUUUUUAUUAUAAGUGUGGCAAAAUUUGCUUUUAGAAAUCAUUUAUAUAUUAAAAUAAUAUUUUUUUUA